AUGGAAUGCAAUCCAGUGCAAGUCCACUACAAUGCCACGUAUGACAACAAGGUUGGACACAACUCGCCUCUACAAGACUCCAUCUGCCAGCAUAAUCCCGUCGGGCAGCAUACAAAACGCAAUUUCUUCUAUCACGAAUACUCCUAUCCCUGGCCCUACGUUGGCGGCUACGCCCUCAUCAAAAAGGGCGACAAUGCCUCCUGUUUCAACUGCUAUAAAUUACAAUAUGGCGGAAAGAGUAUCUUUUUUCGGGCAAUCAACUCAGCCAAGGACGGCGUGGACCUGGGCAAACCGCUCUUUGAAGAGCUCUCUGGUGGCACAGUUGGUGAAUCGGAGCACAUCAGCGCUUCACUUAGUAUGGUCGAUAGCGAUUCUUGCUUGCUUACCAUGCAGCUGACGAACAAUCUCUUACCUGAUAUUCUACCUAAAUUAUUGGCAUGA